AUGAGUUGGUCAGUUCUGUGCCUUUUGGUCGUCAUUUCCAAUUGUGCAAAUUCGCUGCAGAAAAUUGUUGAAGGACCGACAAAUACGAAUGUCAUGUUUGGUGGCACUGCACUUCUGAAAUGUCGUGUUGAGGCCCAGGUUUUUUUUUUUUUGUCGACACCUGAAGUUAAUAAAUUCCCUAUAAACUGUUCCUUCCUUCUGGAACAGCAGCACUAA